ACGCGGCUGCUUCUGAAGUUGGUAGGACUAGGAGGAAUCAAUGAUUCACGGUGACAUGAUUUACCUUGUGAUAGAGAUGCUGUUGUUACUUCUGCGUUGUUGUUAUUGUUUAGGUUGAUGAGUUAAUUUGCUAAGACCAAUGCUGGUUGAGUAUCUAGCUGCUACACAUCGACAUUUAAGCCCUGUUCAGAAUCUCUCCACUCCGGAGAUGUGGAGCUCGGUUUGAGCCGCUCCGUGAAAAUGAGCUGCAGCCUGAUCCGCUCUGGGAGCGCAGUCGAGGGUGCGGAGAGGAACCGAAGAGGCACUUAUAAUCUUUGAUCAUGGAGAUGCUGUACACCCCAUUUAUGUUGUGGUGAUGACUAAUAAGAAAUUCUUGUGGUGUGAACUCUAGUAAUAAACUCUUCUAAAUUCUGUAUUUUUAUGUAAUACAAGAACCGAUUAUUAGUGAUUUACGCUAAAAAUAAACUGUGGGGUUGUGCAUAGAUUCUUCACUGUGUUUACGUGUGUUGCUGUGGGGUGAGUCCAAUUAGUUGCUUGGCAAUUUUAUGCUUUAUUUUGGUCCCAGCUAUGUCUUCUUUGUUGAUUCUGUGGAACUUAGUCAUCGGUCAGUGAGUGUACUGAAUGUUAUUGCAUAGAAGUAGUGGUACAAAACCAGGAAAUCGAGAAUCAUAUUCCUAUGUUUCCAUACUUACCCAUUGUACUUGCAGAGUUCUCCCUGUUAAUUUGCAGUUGCCUUAGUAGUUACCAGUUUGUUCAGAAUACCAAUAUCUUCAUGCUUGUACAUAUCAGUUAUUUCUGAUAUAGCAAGCUUUUGAAGGGGCAGAAGUAGUUUUUCAUAUGGCUGCUCCAGACUCAUCCAUCAACAACUUCCAUCUUCAUUAUUCGGUGAAUGUUGAAGGAACAAAGAAUGUCAUUGAUGCAUGUAUCCAUUGCAAGGUGAAGCGACUUAUCUACACUAGUUCACCAAGUGUAGUUUUUGAUGGUGUUCAUGGAAUUUUUAAUGCAGAUGAAUCAAUGCCCUACCCAGAUAAGUUUAAUGAUUCGUAUUCAGAAACAAAGGCAGACGCAGAAAAAUUGGUGAUGAGAGCUAAUGGUAGGGAUGGGCUUCUUACUUGUUGUAUACGCCCAAGUAGCAUUUUUGGGCCCGGUGAUAAGCUACUGGUUCCUUCUCUGGUUGCUGCUGCAAGGGCAGGCAAGUCCAAAUACAUAAUUGGCGAUGGGAACAACUAUUAUGAUUUCACCUACGUCGAAAACGUUGCCUAUGGCCAUGUUUGUGCGGACAAAACUCUAUCAUCUGAAGAUGGUGCAAAGAGAGCUGCUGGAAAAGCCUACUUCGUGACAAAUGUGGAGCCCAUAAAGUUCUGGGAGUUUAUGUCAUUGCUUCUAGAUGGUCUUGGAUAUCAAAGGCCUUCAAUAAAAAUUCCUGUCUCUGUUAUGAUGCCAUUGGCUCAUGUGGUGGAAUGGACUUACAAGUCGUUCUGCAAGUAUGGCAUGAAGGUUCCUCAGCUGACACCGUCAAGGAUCAGGCUCCUCUCAUGCAAUCGAACAUUCAGUUGCUCAAGAGCCAAAGAUCAGCUUGGUUAUGAACCCAUUGUAUCACUCAAGGAUGGGCUGAAGAGAACAAUAGAGUCGUAUUCCCAUAUGCAAGCUCAGAAUCAAAGGAGUAUAUCAAAGACUUCGAUUUUGCUUGGGAAUGGAAAUGUUGCAAAAACGCUUCUUUGGGAAGAUUCGAAGCAAACAAUGACAGUGCUACUACUAUUGGCUGUUAUCUACUACCAGUUAUUCACAUGUGGUUACACCAUUAUCACAGCAAUGGCAAAAAUUUUCUCACUAACAGCACUGUUCUUGUUCAUUCAUGGCAUGCUUCCUGCAAAUGUGUUUGGCCACAAGAUUGAGAAACUUGAGCCCUCAAACUUCCACAUCUCACAGGUGGAGGCACAUCAUAUUGCUUGCUCAGUCAGUUCAUCAUGGAACUCAUUAGUUGGUGUGCUAAAAUCUCUUUGUAGGGGAAAUGAUUGGCCACUUUUUCUCAAGGUGGUAUUCUUCCUACUGGUUGUUAGCAUCCUUAGUGCUAUGUCUUCGGAGGCUGCAUUUAAAAUAGGUAUUCCUCUCAUUUUCAUAGGCUUCAAAGCAUAUGAGAAAUGGGAGGACACAAUUGACAGCCUGGUGGGUGAUGCUUGUUCGUUCGUUCUACAGUUUACUCCUAUCCAGAUAUCUUCAAGGCAGAAACAAACAUAGACAUGGAGAGCUCGUUAACAGUUGAAUUUUAUUUUGUAGUUAUAUUAAGUUUUACUUUUCAGUUAUUGGCGAUUUUCUAUGAACUUUUAGUUUGACAUUUACUCUUUUAGAAUCAUCAUUCAGAGUCUUAAUAAAGUUUAUAGAAUGUUUCCUUAAUGUCGUUGAUUUAAGAUAUGGUGGUGUACAGUUUUUUUAUUCUUUAGAUGUUUACCCCACUGGACUGUAUUGUUCGACGUAUAGCACAUUGAAAUUAGCUUUUAUUGCCAUUGAAUCUUCCUGAA